UCCAUCUUCACGACAGCUCUAGAGAAUCAAGAAGUGUAACAUAGGAUGAUGAAACAAUUCCUUGCAAACGUCAAUAAUGGCGUUGUCGGACAAAUAUCCACGCAGUGAUCCUUGUUACGAAACUCUUCGAGGUUGCGUGUUGCUUCAAGGUGAGAAGGGAGUUGAUUGUAAAAUACUGUGAGUUUCUUUUCAUAAGAAGGACAAUAUAUAAACCACUUUCUUUCCACCUUAAGCCAGUAACCAAACAAUAUAUCUUACCUCAAUUGAUCUCGCCUACUACAUUAACUUAGCCAUGUUUUCAGCAACUGACGCUUUCCUUCCAGCCACGAUGAGGGCACUUUACGUCGAAGCUCAAGGCCAACCUUUCACCAUCAAGACCGUCCCAACACCUCAACCUGGUCCGGGAAGUCUCGUCGUCAAAGUUCUCGCUACAGACAUUGAUCCACAUUUAAACCAGAUCAUGAAUGGGGAGCUCCCCUACCUCUACGUACCUACGCCUCUCAUUCCAGGCGGUCGUGCUAUUGGUCGUGUCGCAGCCACUGGGCCAGAUACUACCGCUUUAUCCAUCGGCCAGCUCGUGACCAUCGAGCCUUUUGUGCGUGGCCGCGAUAAUUCUGAUGUACAAAUACUAUGGGGAGUUGGCGUAUUUGGACAAGACCGAAAACCAAAGAAACUCAUCGAGGCUUGGCGUGAUGGCGUAUCAGCUGAAUAUGUGAAGGCACCACUUGAGAAUUUUUACACCCUAAACGAGAAACGGCUCUUGGGGAAACCUUGCAGACGGAGGCCUUGGUUAUUCCCUUGGGGACCUUACUAUACUUUCUCGACAUCUGGUAGCCUAUGGAGGAUUUCGAGGAAUUGAUCUCAAACCUGGAGAGACAGUCAUCGUGGCGCCUGCUACAGGUUCGUUUAGCAGUGCUGCAGUCGAAGUAGCAUCAGCCCUGGGCGCGCGUGUCAUUGCCGUUGGUAGGAACUUGUCUAAACUGCAGAAACUUGCAGCAGCGAACCAACGUGUCGAAGUUGUGCAGACUUCUGGUAAUUUUGAGGAAGAUCUUGCAAAAAUCAAAGCCUUUGGUCCAAUUGAUGCGUAUCUGGAUUUGUCGCCCAAGGAAGCAAACGGAUCGAGCUAUAUUAGAGCUUGUUUGAUGUCAUUAAGGAAUUAUGGGAGAGCAUCACUGAUGGGAGUACCGAGUAAUGAUAUUGAUAUUCCAUACAUGAUGGCUGUUAUGAACAACCUUACGAUUCGAGGACAGUAUAUGUAUGAGAGAGAAGAUGUAAAAGGACUGAUUAAACUUGUUGAGAGUGGCUUAUUGAAGAUCGGAAAAGCUGGUGGUCAUGAAAUCGUUGGUGAAUUUCCAAUUGAGCAGUGGGAUGAAGGGCUCAAAGUUGCGGUUCAGAAUCCCGAGCCUGGAAAAAUAGUCGUUAUGCAUCCUUAGUUUGAGAUCUUGCUUAAGAGUCUUUUUACUUUAGCAUACAAAUAUCUAUAUUUAACUUCCUUCGCCCAAAUUCCUACUAUGCUCAUAGCCA